AUGAGUUUCCGUAAGGAGAUCAGGGACUCCGCCUCGGGCAAGCUGCCGGACAUUCAUAGGGCUACCUGGAAGGCCAAGCACCGUGUCUUCAAGGAGGCUACUAGGAAGGCCGCUAUUCAGGAGACCGAAAUGGAAAAUAUGCGGAGGAGGAUUAAGGCCACCCUGUCCAACCCACGCGGCUUGUGGACAUGGCUGCGUGGGGGAAAACCGCCUCCUUGCUGGAUCUCAGAUAUUAAUGCUUUUACCGAGCAUUUUUCCAAGGUGCUUAAUGGUGCGGGAAACGCGAGGCAAGGCUGCAACGAGGGUAUCCAGUUUAAAUGGCAGGAUGAGGACCGGGUGAUGCACCGACAGGAAUUAGUUGCUUGGCUUAACAAGGAUUUUACGGAGGGCGAAAUUGUUAGCGGUCUCAAGGCUAUGCGCAACAUAGCCUGUCCGCGGGCCUGGAGGGAACCCCGGCCGAGUAUUAUAGCAGUGCUGGGUGACGAGGACGGUGCUGGUGCUGGUGACAGCGAGGGUGAGGGCGCCAGCAUCCUUGUCAUUGUGUAGGUGGUUGACGAUGACCUUCGGUAUGUCGCUUUUUCCUCAGAGCACCUAAGGCCUGCGUUUUACGGAAGAUUUGAACCCGUAAGGUGUGUAUAGGGCUUAGCCCUGUCAAAGGAAGCCCUCCAUGAUAGUAGUUCGGUGGCGCCCUUGUUCGGGCCGCAGUUCCUCCUGUGAGCAAACAUGACUCAAAGCAUCUUAGACACUCAAGAAGAGCUUCAAGAUCCAUAACGCUGUAUCAAUAGCUCGUGGCACUUCCGCCAUGAGCAGAAUACGUCAAUCGCCCGCUUUGCACAUAAGCAAAAAUGGAGCAGCGGCCUUCAUGAUGACUUGAUAUGUUGUUUUCAAGGGCUUGCACGGAGGGAUAUUGCUUCCGGGGACGUAACCAGGUGCAGAGGAACGGGGGUGGACGUGAUAAUGCAGUGAUAUACAGCUAUAAUAUAAAAGUUUAAAAGGCUAACUGUCGACAAAAUGAGUUCG